GAAUUCGUUGGUUCGCGAGGUCGACGAGUAUCGUUGGUACGAGUGCGUGGCGCAGCGUAUCCCGAGUGGAGGAGCGUUUCGUUGACAAGUGACAGGUGAAUCGAUCGGGCCGCGAGGAAAGUCGCGUUGCGGCCCCGUACCCGUAACACGAUUCCUUCUCUGGUGACUACUGUGCGUGGAACUACGUGUACAUUCGGAUUUUUCCCCACGCGUUCCAUUCGGUGCGAGGGACCACGGUAGGCUCGUGUACAUCGGUGUGCCGAUCCCGGGCUGGCGGUCUACGGCCAGGGAACAGCCGCUGUCUCGUUUUCGCGCGCGCGAGACACAGGCCACCGGCCGACACUUCGGGCCAGGACAAGACGACCCGAUGUCGGGAGCGGGUCGCGACCCCGUGUCGACCCGCGGUCGUCCUCGUCCUCGUCCUCGCGCCUCCUCUUUCGCGGCAGCAGCACCUUCCUCGCGUAAAUGUGCUCUCAUGACCGCCCAUGUGCACCUUUUUCUCUGCCUGCUGCCUCUGCGUGCCCUGUAAACCCAGAGCACACCCUGAUUAGCACGCCCACGCACUCUAUCGCUCGCGAAUAUGGCCAAGAUCCUCAACAAGGACCCCGUCACCUACGAGAGGGAGAGGGACAACUUCCUGAAGGACCUCCGCCACUUUCAUGAGACCAGAGGGACUCCGUUCAAGAAAACUCCUAAAGUCAACGGAAAAGAUAUAGAUCUGUAUUUGCUGUAUGUUGUGGUUACUGCUCAUGGAGGAUGGAUAAGGGUUAAUAGCAGGAACGAAUGGACGUUGUUGUGCGAACAAUUCCAUCUACCCAAGGGUUGCGUGAACAGCGGGGUUGGUCUUAAACAAAUUUACCUUAGGUAUUUGGACAGGUACGAAAAGGUACAUUUCCUAGGAGAGGAUGGCCAACAAGCCGACGACGACGACGAGGACUCUAGACACAGAAAAUGGUCUGCCAGGGCAUUACACUCUGUUCCUCUUACUUAUAAUUAUCAUCAACAUAAUGUUGCAGAAUCUCUUCGCGAAUACAACGGCCUUUCGUCGGAUCUCUACAAACCAUCCAACUACGAUAAGCUCGCACUGUCGCUCCUCUCGCCUCUUCCUAACGAGCAAGACUUCGCCAUCAACGUUUGCACGUUACUUUCCAACGAAGGCAAACACAUUUUACGUCUCGAUAAGUAUCCCCGGUUGGUGAACAUUCUUCUCGCUCACGCGGGCGUCUUCGACUCGCCGGACACCCGGCAACUCUUCAUCGAGGUCUACUCCCGCGUAAGGAAUUACUCGAUUAACUCCUUCUGGUCGGAUGUUCUCGACUCUCAGGACGUGAUAGACCUGACGAACGAGAGGGCGUUCAUGAAGAAACCGACUGGCAGCCCGCAGACGUUUUCUAGGCGGAAAAUAUUGGAGAAAGAGAAGCAGAACAAAAGCAUCACCGCAGCGGCGACGGAGAACGAUGAGGCUUCUACGUCCAUGGAAGUCGAUGGGGUACCUCAAGAUUGUCCAAGGUUAGAUCCAACAGGGUCCCAUCAGGAUGACAAUUUGAAAGAUCAGAACCAAAACUCCAUAAAGUUCGAAGAAGAGGAUAAAGACUUGUUUUGUGUUGGUCGGACUCUGGGAACGCAAGAUCCUUACGGCCAACGAGUGUUGCAGAUAGCAUCUAUUUUGCGGAAUCUAAGUUUUACACCCGAGAACGCAGCUGUAUUAGGGAGGAAUCGAUGUUUCUUGAGAUUCGUAUUAUUAUGCGUGAGAGCAAGGUGGAGCAAUUUGCAUCAGCUUGGUUUUGACAUACUAGGAAACAUAGCGAAUGAAAUAAUCUUAAAAGAGGCUGGUGAGAGGAUAACGGAUGUUGUGUUGUCAUGUGUGGCAAAGGGAAUUGAAUCCCAGGACAGGUUUAUUGUUAUAUCCUGCUUGGAGGUGCUUAAUAAAAUUAGCCAACAAGACAGUAAUGAAGAAAUUGUUACAUUUGGAUUAGAGGACAAUGUAUAUGAACUUAUAUGCAGGUUUUUAGCUUUGAACGACAUAGCCCUUUUAGUGUAUACCUUGGAAUGUUUGUACGCUUUGACUUCUUUGGGUGAAAGGCCAUGUACUAGCGUCGCGCGGGUACGCGGAGCUAUUGACACAUUAGUCGCCCUUGUUACUGUAGAAGCGCAGAGUUAUGGACCGAAGGCUUGUAUUUUGAUGAGGGUAAUCGAAACAGUGUCCACUGUAGCUGUACCGCCGAGUACUACUCAAAACUCUCCGGUCACCGCUGCCGCGCCAGCUGCAACGGUGGCCUCGUCCGUACCAACCACUCCAGCUACAGUUACCGCAACACCAGCUCCCGUUAGUCCGGCACCUUCGCGACCGACAACUCCAGCUGCAACGACAACGAAGUCUACUACGCACAAAGCAGUGGAGACAAAUAAUUCGAUUCAGCAACACGCGCACCAACAAAUCAUCCAGGAGAACGAACAGUUUGCUUUAAGUUGGUUAAGAGCUACUUUUGAACCCGCAGCGGGUGUGCGUAUAGAGCAGGAAGAAUUGUAUAAGAAAUAUCUGGGUUGCUGCACAAAGAUUGGUAGGAGAGGCGUAAUUGCUCCGCUUCACUUUCCAAGAUGUGUUAGAUCUGUAUUUGGUGGAAACGUCGGGCCGAGUCCAUUGAAAGGCGAAACAAGUGGUACUCAGUAUUAUGAUGGAAUCCGAGUACGGGCCACACCUCCCCAAGUAACUUAUCCGAGCCAAACUGCAGUUGGGACUAACACAGCUCCAAUUACAGCAGUCAACGCAACGCCAGUAAAGGUGCUUCCCGUACAACAGCGUACAAUCAAGAGUAUAAGUCCUGCUCCUGAUAGCACGGCCCUAGACAAUCCUGCAUCUGGGCCUCCAAGAACUCCUGCCCCAGCAUCACCUAUCCUAAAAGCCCAAUUAUCUGCCCCACCAAAACCACCUUCCAACACCACAAACACUGUAAAUCAAUCCCAAAAUCCAGUCACCAAGGUUGAUUCUAAAAGUCAGGUGUCAGUAUCGCAUCCUCAUUUGAGCCAAGCGUUGCUGUGUAGUGGUACACAAACACAGACACCUCAGCAGCAGCAACAACAGUUGCAACAGCAAUCGUCACAGUUACAACCGCAACACCAUCCUCAACAACCGCAGCAAGUACAACAACAGUCGCAAGCUGUCCAGGUAGUUGCAAAAGAAGAUAAUCGAAGUGGUACCACGUCCAGUUCCAUAAUAAAAAGCCUUCUGGCUACUAAGGUAACGGUCAGCAGCGACUGCAUGCCCAGUACUGCUGCGACUUGUGUGUCUACCCCUACUGCCUGUGUAACAAACACUACUGCUAGCAUCGCAUCCAGCAUCAGUGCCAACCAGCUAAUAACCAGCAACCAGGUUGCCCAACGCCAACAGCAACAGAGGUUACUACAACAGCAAUUAAUCAACGUAUCGCAACUUCCUGUGACAACAGCUUCUUCAACGAUACUCCCAAAGACUCCUGUCAACUCGAAACAAAAACCAGCUAUUACACCCAUUCCUGCCAAAAAGAUACAAAGGCUUAACGGAGCCAAAUUUAUUAUGACUAAUAAUUGUGACAAGACUGACGUAAGUGAUAAUGAAAAUGUCAACCAAAUAGCAACAUCGACAACCUCUUCCAUUGUGGUUUUAAAUUCGACGGAAAAUCACAUAUCUUCAACCAUCAAAGUAUGUCGGCCUCCAACUACAACUGUAACUACAGCAAAUAAAACAAAUCAGCGUUCUACGUGUACGUCCAUUGCCGAAGAUUCGGAUUCGACAAAUAACUCUUUGGCAUCUAGUAGUGGUAUAGGUGGUAGUAGGGACUGUUCUGGUGUUGGCGUGGAGGAAGAUAACUCGUUAACAAGUUUCGAAGGAAUACUUUUGAACGGUGCACCAAGUAACAUGGACAUUGAUGCCCAGGACGAUGGCUCCUCGAAAGAUUCGUCCAGUGUAAUUUCUAAAGAGAAACCUUUGCAGAGUAUGAUGCUUGCAGAUUUGUUAGAAAGGAAAGUCGACAAGGAACCCAUUUUGAACGGGGUCUUAGGAAAGAAUUCCAUCAACGAGAAAGAAAUGGAUCUAGUAGAAAACCACAUUAAAAAAGUACUAAAAGAAUCUCCUACCGACAUUAAAGUGAAAUCUGAAGUAGAGGAAAGUAACGUUGUACAAACAGAAGUGUCCGAGGACACCUUAAUAGAAGCACCAAGAGGGAUUAAACGUGCCGCUAGCGAAUCCGACGAAGUGGAUGUUAAAAAAUUGAAGUAUUCGAACGGCACGAUGUCUCCGGAUCCUGCUGUUGAUUCGACAACGGCUGAAUCCACCGUCUCGAGCAUAAAAUCUGAGGAACAAGACGAUGACAAGGAUAGUGAAAAGGCAACUGUGUCCUCCACUGCCGCAAACCUUUAUGCUGCUUUAGCUGCGGAUUGUAUAGAAGAUGAAACGGAUCUUGAGGAAAAUAUCACUGUAAAUGCCAGCACAGGAACAUCUCCUGUAGUAAAAGAAGAACCUCAUAUAUUUGUAAAUCAAAUGAACCAACAACAACAGCAACUUCAACAGCAGCAGCAAAAACAGCAGCAACAACAGUUACAAUUACAGCAGCAAUUGCAACAACAACAGCAACAGCAACCACAGCAACAACAACAACCUCAACAGCAUCAACAACUCAUCGUCGCAGCUCCUAGGCAAAUAGUAGUACAACAAACGAUUCAACCAAAUAAUCAAGUCAUUAUACCAGCUGCGCAAAUGAAGGGAAGGCAGCCGCAAGCCCAGCCACAGGUUUUGCUGCAGCAAGGAGCUGGAGGUCAAUUACAGUACGUCGUUUCCGGUGGUGUUCCUGGCCAAAAUUACGUUUUAGCUCAACCACAAACGACGUUGGUUCAAGGUCAAGCGCAGACGGUUUUAGUGGCUCAAACGACUCAGCAACAAGGAACGGGUGCAAAAACAAUAAUCAUUUUGCAACCUCAAGCAGCUGCCCAACCGACGCAACAGAAAAUGGUGGCAGUAACGCCCCAAGGGCAGCAAGUUGUCGUGACGCAAGUUUCACGACCCAUCUUGCAGAGUCCCGCCCUUGGCAAUAUACCUCCGCCGCUUGUUCCAACGUCUGGCACAAUCCCACAAACUUCCAUAAUAGUGAACAGUUCUGUAGCACAAACAAACCCGAAUACAGUGACUGUUACGAUCCCUGCGAUGGCUCAACAAACACCAGUAUCCACCAGCGUGCCAUCAAGAGUAGUUACACCUACACCAGCCUCAACUCCACCACCUACCAGACCCACUACACCGCAUCAAGCAGCUGCCACGCACGGAUUGCCGACGAAACAACCUGCAAAAAUAAUGAAGACUGUUAGUUCCUCAACCUCUACGGAGCCAGAAUCUAAACCGUCGACGAGUCAAAAUCAACCGGAAAAGACGAUUACGAUAAAAAUCGAUCCGAAUGCUUAUCUGUGCGAAUGGCGAGGUUGUCUAAGGCAAUUUAAAACACCGCAUGAAGUGUACCUCCAUGUGUGCGAAGCACAUUGUCCAACUGGGGGAGAAGAAACGUUGUGUCUAUGGGCAAGCUGCGAUGCCUUGAAAAGGCGUAGAUUUUCGUUAAUGACACAUUUGUACGAUAGGCAUUGUAACGCGGAUACUAUGUCGAUGAGAAGGAAACAGUUGACGGUAACCGGGAAAACGGAAGUUUCCACAUCGACGCCACCAACUCCUCACCACCCUGGAUAUGCACCGAAUGCAGCAUUCCACGCGAUUAAACGGCAUGCUUUGGAAUUCGUAAAUCCAAAGGAGUUAAUGCAAAGGCCAACCAAGCCCGCUGCAGCCACCUCAAGCUCUUCUUCCCCCAGACCAGGGCAAAAUCCUCCACCAGAACAGGAUGACAACGAAGGUCCAGUGACUAAAAGUAUUCGUUUGACAGCCGCUCUUAUUCUCAGAAACCUAGUCAUAUAUUCAACACAUGGCAGAAGGCAUCUCAGAGCGUACGAACCACAUUUGGCAGGUGUCGCGUUAAGUAAUGUUGAAUCGUCGAGAACAAUCGCACAAGUUCUAUACGAUAUGAACGAUCAAAGUAACAGUAACCAUAGGUGACCUCUUGAACCAGGCCUCUAAAUAAGCUCUUUCACGUUGCGAGCAGCGAUCAAUUUUAAAUUUUAGUGUAAAGUGAGAGGAAAAAGUAUAUGAUGCAUAAGGUGGGAAAUUUGCAAUUUCAUUGCAAAUAAGUGUGUUUGUGCGUAAUAAAGGAAACGAGGAAAAACGGAAGAACGGUCAAGAAGAUGUACUAGAAGAGGAUACGGCAAUGUUCCAUAUUAUUAAAAAGAGGCCUAUAAACUUACUAGGCAAUCAACUGAUUUGCCGACUUAGAUUAUAACAAUGUACUGUAAAACUAGUAACACAAACGAAAGACAGUAGUUGGAAGUGAUGCAGAAUCAGUGAUAAACAAACAAACAAAAGAAAAAAACAACAAAAAACGAGAUAAUAUUUCAAAUUUAAUAUUAAUAUUUAUUUUCUCAACAAGAAGCGGAAGAAAUGUUUUUAGUAAUCGUGUACAAAAAAUGUGCGAAGAAAAUACUUUAUGGACGUUAUAGUUAAUUACAAACAAUAUUAUAUUAUUAUUAUUAUAUUAUAUUAUAUUAUUAUUAAUUAUUAUUAAUAUUAUUAUUGUAUGUUUUUCAUAAGUCACCAAGAAAACCUAGAAUGUAAAGAAACCUUUUUAUGAAAUGUAUUUGUUAGGAAUUUAUCAUUUGCUUAUAAUUGCAUAUUGCAAUUACAUGGCUAUAUUAUCGUC